AUGUUGGGUGCCACAACAGUUCUUGCUCUGUUUUUCUUCAUCGAAAGCAUUUCCGGCCAUGGAAUGCUGAUGGACCCUCCAAAUAGAAGUUCCCUGUGGAGGUUCAACCCAGAUGCACCCGUGAAUUAUGACGAUGAUCAAAACUAUUGUGGAGGCAUGGACGUCCAGUGGGAUCAAUUUGGUGGAAAAUGUGGUGUUUGCGGAGAUCAGUUUAAUAAACCUCAUCCACAAGCCAAUGAAAAUACAGGAAAGUAUGGAAGAGGGAUUAUCGCUAAAGAAUAUACAGCUGGAAGCGUAAUUGAUAUAGAAGUUGUACUUACGACGAAUCAUAUGGGAUAUUUUAAUUUCAGUUUGUGCGUUUUGGAAGACCCUAGUGCACCAGAAUCUGGAGAAGACUGUUUCCAACCAAUCACACUAGGAGAUGGAUCUCCUACUUAUGUUUUGCCUAACAAAGAAGAAGUAGAUCAUGACGUUGUGAACACUACUCUGAAGUUGCCCGAUGGCCUUACUUGUGAAAGAUGUGUUUUGCGUUGGCAUUAUAAUGCGGGGAACAAUUGGGGACAGUGUGAAGACGGAUCUUAUGAUGAAGGUUGUGGUCCUCAAGAAACCUUCCGAUCAUGUGCAGAUAUCGCUAUUCGUUAA